GCCCCUAUAAACUAAGGCCCAUGUGCAGGGGGGCUGUCUUCCAAAGAACAAAAUAAAAUAAUUAAAUUCAGUAAACAACAAAAUGCAUCAAAUCUUUCCCUUCCAUCCACAUUUGUUUUUAUAAUCCAUGCUUACAGCUAAUCCCACAUGCUUUGCUUCUCCUAAUCCCAUUCAACACCUAAUCCUCCUCACUCACAUAUUUCUCCAUCAAUUAAUUAACUCAUGCAUACAACAAUCAAUGCUUAACUACCAUCCAUUCACUUCGAUGGCGAGAGAAGGCCUAUACGUGUACGACAUGGUCGCGGGAGCUCCACGAGCGCCUGCGUGGGGGUCGUUGGUGAGGUCGAACACUUAUAGAGAGAAAAACACGGUGGUGGAGCAGCCGAGGAGGUCGGAGAGGAGGUCGGUGUCCAGGGCAGAAGGGGACGUGGGGGCUGCGGCGGCGCUGCUGCAGGUGAAGGUGUUGGCGAGUGACAUGCCGGGGUUCAUGCAGCGGCAUGCCUUCCGAUGUGCUAGGACUACUUUUGAUGCAUUGGACAAGUUUAGCUCCAAACAUGUGGCUUUUACCAUUAAAAAGGAAUUCGAUAAGGUGUAUGGACCUGCGUGGCAUUGCAUUGUUGGAUCGAGUUUUGGGUCAUUUGUGACACAUUCAACUGGAUGUUUUCUCUAUUUCUCUAUGGAGAAGAUAUACAUUUUGGUGUUCAAGGCCAAAGUUGAAAGAGCAUUACUUGAUCAAGUUUAAAUGUAAAGAUUUUCAAGUUUAUUUAUUUAUUUUUGUUAAUCUUUACUUUUCUAGCCUCCAGGCAUGUGUGUUCCAAACACUAGUAGAAUUAUAUAAUUAAGUAAAUUGAAGUUUACAAUGGUCA